GCCGUCUGCAGGGCGGGCGAGAGGCGGCCGCUGCGCCGGGCAGCGCGGGCGGGGGGACAGUGGUGACGGAAAGCGGCAGCUGGGGGGGGACGGCAGCGCUGGGUUGACUCCUUCUCCCCCUUCCCCCUCCCGGCCGGAGGAAGAUGGAGCUCGGUUAGUGAGGGCUUGCGGGAGGAGCAGCGGGAGCAGGUAAGGCAGUGAAGUCUUUAACUGCUCCAGAAGAAGAGGGUCUGGAAAGAAAAUGUCUCUGGCAAAUAAGUAUCAGGCACAUGAUAUUGCAGAGCUUCAAAAUCAGAAGUAAAUCAGCCGGACAGUUGCCUCCCGCCUUCCUAAAUAGGCAAAUAUAUUAGAAACAGAAAAAGGGCCCUACCUACCUCAUUCCUGGAGAAGGUGGGUUUGCUGUUGUGGAUGCCUGCCUCGUUUGCUUCACCAAAAUGAGUUAGGGCAUGCAGGAGAGAAAGGAGACUUUUGCAAGUAGAACCUAUCAUGAUUUCUCAGGGGACAAAAUUUUGCUUAUUCAUACCUUCUACUGUGGCAAAAAUGGAUUCUUUUCCUCACCAAAAACCAGCAGCAUAACACCCAUCCAACACCUGCCUCAAGGAACUCUUAUUUAAAGUCUAUUUUUAUUUCCGUGUAGCUGUCGUGCAAGCAAGAGCCAACCAACAUCAUCUGCUGCCAAUAGAAAAUCUCCAUGCCAGCCCUUACCCUUGGCACGAGGUAAAGUUGCAACUGAGCCUGUGAGGAGGAAUCAACAAGAAAAAUCCAAUUCAUGCUCAAAGAUGGAGACCUUUUAGCCAGCCAGUGAAUCCAACUGCUGCUGCAUGUCUGGCAGCACCUCUGAAUGAUCACAUGACUCUUGAUAUGGAUGCAGUCCUGUCAGACUUUGUUCGGUCCACAGGGGCAGAACCAGGUCUGGCAAGAGACUUACUAGAAGGCAAGAACUGGGACCUGACAGCAGCUUUGAAUGACUAUGAGGAGCUGCGGCAGGUGCACACAGCCAACCUGCCCCAGGUGUUCAACGAGGGCAGGUUUUACAAGCAGCAGGAGCCAGAGCAGCCUCCCCAGGUGACCAAGGCUGAGAGGCCCUGCCUGCAAAGACAGGAUGACAUCGCCCAAGAAAAGCGUCUUUCCAGAGGGAUUUCCCAUGCCAGCUCAGCCAUAGUCUCCCUUGCUCGCUCACAUGUAGCAAAUGACUGCAGCAAUGAGCAGUUCCCUUUGGAGAUGCCCAUCUACACAUUCCAGCUGCCAGACCUGAGCGUGUACAGUGAGGACUUCAGGAGCUUCAUUGAGCGGGACUUAAUCGAGCAGGCCACCAUGGUUGCAUUGGAGCAAGCAGGACGCCUCAACUGGUGGUCCACGGUGUGCACAAGCUGCAAGCGCCUGCUGCCCCUGGCGACAACGGGCGAUGGAAACUGCCUCCUGCAUGCUGCCUCUCUGGGGAUGUGGGGAUUUCACGACCGGGACCUUGUUUUACGGAAAGCCCUCUAUACUAUGAUGAGAAGUGGAGCUGAAAGGGAAGCACUGAAAAGAAGAUGGAGAUGGCAACAGACUCAGCAGAAUAAGGAGUCAGGUUUGGUAUACACGGAAGAGGAGUGGGAGCGCGAGUGGAAUGAGCUGCUCAAGCUGGCGUCGAGCGAGCCUCGCAUGCAUUUCAGCAAGAAUGGGGGCACUGGUGGGGGAGUGGACAAUGCAGAAGAUCCAGUGUAUGAGAGCUUGGAAGAAUUCCAUGUUUUUGUCUUAGCCCAUAUAUUGAGAAGACCGAUUGUUGUAGUAGCAGACACGAUGUUACGAGACUCAGGGGGAGAAGCAUUUGCACCAAUACCAUUUGGAGGAAUUUAUUUGCCACUUGAAGUUCUACCAAACAGAUGCCAUUGCUCACCUCUUGUGCUGGCCUAUGAUCAGGCCCAUUUCUCUGCUCUUGUCUCUAUGGAACAAAAAGACCAACAGAGAGAACAAGCGGUGAUCCCCCUGACUGACUCUGAACACAAGUUACUGCCUUUGCACUUUGCGGUCGAUCCUGGGAAGGACUGGGAGUGGGGAAAAGAUGACAAUGAUAACACCAGACUGGCCAAUUUGAUUCUGUCUCUUGAGGCAAAGCUUAAUCUUCUGCACAGCUACAUGAAUGUAACCUGGAUCCGCAUCCCAUCUGAGACGCGGCAGGCCCCUUUGGCUCAACCGGAAUCCCCUACAGCUUCAGCUGGAGAAGACGUGCAGUCUCUGGCUGAUUCAAUGGACUCAGACCGAGAUUCCAUCUGUAGUAAUUCCAAUGGCAAUAAUGGCAAAAACGGUAAAGAAAAAGAAAAGGACAAACAAAGGAAGGAUAAAGACAAAACCAGGACGGAUUCAGUUGCCAAUAAAAUAGGAAGCCUCAGUAAAACCCUGGGAAUUAAACUGAAAAAGAACAUGGGUGGUCUUGGAGGUCUGGUGCAUGGGAAGAUGAGCAGAGCCAAUUCAGGGAAUGGAAAAAAUGGUGACGCAGUAGAGAAAGUCAAAGAGAAGAAGUCCAAGUCUCGCAAAGGGAGCAAAGAGGAAUCUGGACAGUCUGCAAGCACAUCUCCGUCUGAAAAGACCACUCCAUCUCCGACUGACAGAGCCAGCAGUUCCCCCACUGAAAAGGUGAACACUAAACCCUUCUCUGACAAGCAGUCUGACCCAUGGAAGUACAGCACGGAUGUGAAACUCAGCCUAAAUAUUUUGAGAGCUGCCAUGCAGGGUGAACGAAAGUUUAUUUUUGCUGGCCUUCUUUUGACCAGUCACAGGCAUCAGUUCCACGAGGAGAUGAUCGGCUAUUACCUGAGCAGUGCCCAGGAGCGCUUCAAUGCAGAACAGGAACAGAAAAGAAAGGAAGCUGAGAAAAAGGCUGCACUGAAUGGCUCCUCUAGUAGGAAACUGGAGCCAGAAGCAUUUUCAAAAGAAAAAUUAGAACCAUCUCCUCAGGAUAGGGCAUCACCCGUCUUGCCUCAAAGCCAUACAACUCAACUGGUUUUAAAAUUUAAAGACCGCACUAGUCCCACUCCUGGGUCCUUUUCUUCCCCUAGUAACGGUGCCAAGAAAAGCGGCCCCAUCCCGGUGUCUGCCCACUAUAGCCAUACCCCACCUGUUCAAAGGCAAAGUGUCAUCCAUUUGCAUGACGUCAACUCCAAGCCAUCGAGCUUCCAGGACGAUACCUACAAGCCAGUGGUUGGCACCCUGAAAACCUGUGCCACCUACCCUCAGCAGAACAGAUCCCUGUCCUCGCAGAGCUACAGCCCCGCGCGGCUGCCUGGGAUGCGCACGGUGAACACGGUGGAGUCGCUGAGCUACGCCAGGCCUGCCGAACACAAGUCCCAGACCUACACAAACGGCUUCAACACCGGGGACAUCAGAGACUGCUUAGAGUACGCUGAUGAGGACGCUCCUCAGACCUGGCUGAACGAUAAAAACCAAGGCAGAAGCACAGUUUGCCCAAUAUAUUCCAUCCAGCAGAACCGCUGUAAGAAGGAGAACUGUUCCUUCUAUGGUCGUCCUGAGACUGAAAAUUACUGUUCCUACUGCUACAAAGAGGAGUUAAAGCGCAGGGAGAGGGACAGCAAAGGACACAGGCAUUGAGGAUUCUUCCGUGACUACUUAGUUUUACCAUUUUCUUACUUACAAAGUAAACAGUGUUGGAUUGCAGUAAAAGGAAUCCUUAAAAAGAGAAUAAAGGAUUGAUGAGUAAAUAGUGUCUAGCUCUUCGCUUUUCCGAGGCAAUGACGAAAUAAUAGGAUUAAUUUAUCAUAAAAAAAUAUUCUUUUCCAUUUUGUCAGUGUCUUUUUUACAUAUACUGGUAAGCUGAAGGGUUGUUUACUCCUUUGUCAGUGCUGUGUAUAUGUUUGGUCAAAAAUUUACUAAUGGUGCCUGAAUUUACACUGACAUCACUCAGGUAGUAGAAUGAUAGGGGAAAGUCAUACUAGUGAAGAUGUGGUGUUGUAGUAGGGUAGCAUCUGCCUUGCAGACAUUUGAAAUGAUAUAGCUAUUAUUGAGAGUAUUUUUUCCUCAGUAAAACCUAAAUUUUUCAUAGCCUUUUUUUUCAGGAGGGUAGUGAUUUUGCAUACUGAACAUUUUUAACAUGGCGGCAUAUUGCAUUGUUACUAAUGUUUGUACUUAUUUCAGUCUGAAAUGGAAUGUUUCUGGAAAAAUGGGAGUGAAAGGUCUGAAUUCAUGAGGGCUGUAGCUCUCCCUAACUUUAAGUUCUGACCAAUUAUUUCUAAAUUUUUAUUUAAAAAAAAAAAUAGAUUUGAGUCAGUUUUAUUUGCACUGAGUUUUAAAACAGGUUUUGUAAGAAAAUUCAUAAUGACUUCGUGUCCCCAAGCCCCUCACACAGUAUAGUUUUGUGCACCUGAAUUUCAGAGGUAUUUUUGUUGCUGUUAAACUGCAGAGAAAUAUUAAAAUAAAAUUAAAGUAUUAAAAAAUUAUUAGAUAUGAAAAAUUUGAUGACAAGCUAGGAAAUUUAGGAUCAUUUUAGAUCUGAGCUGCUUGCCAAAACAAAUGUAAUGCAUUAGUUUAUUCCCUUAGCUAGUGCACAAAUCUAAUAAUUAUUUACAUAUUCCUUCUCGACAUUAUUGAGUGGUAAUUAUUGCAAAUGUAACUACUUGAGCCGUAUCUUGAAGACUGUUGGCUCCACCUCUUUUCAAGUCUUCUACUAGAGUGAGUCAUCUCCCCACAGGAGGUUCCCAGAUGGCUGUAAAAUACCUCGAGCAGGAAUGGCAGCUCCUAGCACAGAUUUGCACAAGUCUGAGAUCCAAAUAUUUACGUAAGUGUUUGCAAUACUUUUGAAAAUAAAACUUUGCUCACAGAAACAUUUCUGCAAAGCAGACACCGCAGAUACUGUUGAAGUAGAUGGAUGACAUGAGGAAGUUUUCUGGGACACAGGACUGGGUUUGCACCCCUCCACCAUCAGCUGGCAGAAUGUAGUAACAGGAGCUCUUUGGUGGUGUUAGGCUUGUGAACACUGGCUCAUUUUAAGAGCUAAUUUUGCAGAACAGGUAAAGUACUGCCUUCAGGACUGCUGACUGCCACCUCAAGGUGCAGAACAGGAGUUCUGCCUUCCUCAUUAAGGAAUAACACUUUUCUGGCCCACACAGGAAAGAUUCUUUGCCAAAGAGUCUUUGUUUCUGAUUAUUUUUCUGCUGCAGCCCAAUUUUAAUUUUUGACAUGGGUGGUGGCACCAUUUCACUUGCAUACAGUUAAUCCUAAUUAACCCUGAAACCAAGCCUAAAGUCGCCUGUGAAAAAAGAUGCACAAGAUUCUGCUGCCAUGUCCUGGCUUUCAGAAGAAGCACAUGAGCUUUUUCCAGUGUUCCAAAUUGGUAGAACUGAGCGCAUACUUAAAAUUGACCAUAUUUUUAGGUUUUCUCCUGAAUGGGAGGUUUCAAAAUAAGUCCCUUGGCCACUUCUUAUAAAAAGUUAGGAUCUUUGCCAUGUUAGCUGUUCCAUGAAUCCAGACCUGUACUUCAUAUUCCUUGCUGUAUACUGAGCAUGCACUGAAUCUUACUGAACUUGCAUUCCUUCAUAAAAGGGAAAUACUGGUGUGUAUUAAAGCUCCAUGUGACUUCUGUCCUUAAGGUAAGCAUCUUCCAAAUCCCGCGUCUCCUGUUGCAUACACUGGUAAGCAGUGUCCUGUUUUGCUUUGCUGUUGUGAUUAUUACAUUUGAGUUCUAAUUGUCAAAGAAAACUGGGAUUGCAAAUUGUGCUAAAACAAGCCAGACUAUGUUAAAAGACAUUAAAUAUACUUGAUUGUAUUUGCUGCUGAAACUGCGAAAACUGGCGGGAUAAAACUUCCAAGAAAAACAGAAAUAUUUAAGAAUUCUUAGGGCAUCAGACUAGCAGUAGGGUGUGAUACUCUGAGAAUCAUUUCUGUGUAAAGUUGUGCUUAAGAAAUACUACAUUAACAACAAACCACACCAGCCCAUAUAUUUAAGUAAGUUACAUCCUUUCUGAAUGAGGAAAAAAGCAGUACAUCUGUAAAAAUAAGCAAUUACCAUGAGAUUUUGUUGUUUCCUAUUUUCAUAGGAUUUGUUUCUCAGCAUUGCUCACUUUAAAAUACCUGUUGUAUGAAAUACUGACAGAACACUUUUUAGUUGUGCCUAUUUCCUUAAAAUCUUUUUGUUGGGAUAUCUUUGAAUAAUUUUCUAAUUGCUGUUUUCUUUUAGAGUUUUCUUCAAACAUCCCAUGAUUCUGUUGUCCCUUGAAAGGAAGUUGCAGGCCUACAAUGCAAUUUGGCAGUUAAAAUCUUCACCUCUUUUCCCAGUAGUUGUCCUUUUUUUCCGGAUAAGUAAUACUGGGGGGUGGGGAGGUUUCACCUUUCUAUUUCUGGGCUAUUUCUGGCAGUUGUGCCAUAGCUGGCAUUAAAGAGACCAAACAUGCAGAAACUGUGUCCCCUCCUGAAGAAGUGUUGUUCCAUUAAAAGAAGACUGUAGCUAUAAAAGAAAAUUUUCUACCUGUUUUUUUAGAGAGAAUUCCCAACUGCUCAUGAGUUGCAUUCACCAGCACUGAAAGAAAUUGUGUCGUUCCUUAGCUAUAUGUUAGAGGUAAUUACCUUCAUAUGUAUUCUUCUGUUUACUACAUGCUCUUUUGGGUUAUUUUUCCUGACAAUUGGAAGUGUAUGCACUCCACAGGCCAGCUGGCCCUGUGCCUGACCUGCUCUCUCUACACCCUCCAGAGCUGAAGAGUUCCCACGUAGUCCCAGAAGUACAGAAAUCAGCUUUGCACUGGGGGGACCCUGCUCAUUCCUUCUGUUAGCUCGAGUGGCUGCAAUGCACACACCCAUUUUUGCAUUUGUAUGUGCUUUUUUCCCAUCUCUCCUAGAUAGUGAUUCAACAUUUAUCACUGUAGUCCAGAUUUCAGCAGUACAGAGUAAAUACUAGGUAGGCUACACCUUCCCAGAAUGGAUCCAAAAUCACCAGGAGAUAUUUAAGUUGGGGGAAACUGGAAUUCUUUUAAAGUGUGAAUGUGCAAUUUUUCUAAUUUAAAAAAGGCUUGAACCUAUUAUGCUUUUUUUUUCUUUGUUCUAAACUCUGAUGCAAAGGUCUGUUUGUAACAGAGAAUGCCUGUGAUACGUAAUGGGUUUCAGUCAUGCUUUAUAUUAAAGUUCCAUUUAAAAUGCUUUAUAAAGAGUUAAUAAACCACUGUUAGAGUUUACAAAUAUAUUUUCAGAGGUAGGUAUCAAUUAUAGCAUAUGGCUAACAAGCAGCUCGUUCAGAAGAAGGUUUUGUAGGUUAUCAAAAGUAACUUCAGAUUUUGGGUUUUAAAACAGUUGGUGAACUUUUUGUUCUAAAAAUGCAACGGCAAUAUUGUCCCAGCUUUCUUUAGCAAUUAGCUGCUUCUUCCUAAGUCAAAGGUAACAUUAGGAGCAUCAGUAAAAGAAAGAUGCUGUACUUGAAAAGUUUUGUGUUGCUUGUGUCUUAAGAAGUCUAAGCAGGCCAAGUGGAGCCUUCAGUUGUCUUUGUGGAGCUGUGAGCUGAGGUGUGAGCAGUGGUGCCUGGCCCGGAAAGCGCUGGGGACACGCUGCACAGGCCCUGUGUGACACCUGGCUGCAGUGUCCACUCCUCGCACAGAGGCACAUUCAGGGUCAGCUACUUCUCGGGUGAUGAAUGUGUAGAUAGCAAAAAUGCACAGCACAGAUCUGACAAAAUACUGCCCUCCACCUCCCCGAUUCUGAAACAGCUACACUGGUGCUCUCCUUUGCCAAUGUGAAUGGUCUCCCUGACAGCAAGGAGACUGCUUAUCUUCAGAAACGUUCAGCAAGUGUUAAGGAAAAGAUUAAAUGUUUUUGAUCAAGGCCUGAGCCUUUGGCAGUGUCUGUUCCACACAGGCUGUCUGAUGUUAUUCUUUCAAGGAGAGAAUUGAUGAGAAUUUUGCUUGAGGAGUAGAGGGAAGCCUUAGGCCUCUUUGGGCUACAUUUGCUGUCUUCUGUAAUGUGUGGACAGAAUCCUAUUAGUACUGGGGGCCUUAAAUCAGGUGCUUCAUUGACACUUAAAAUAUUGCAAACUGGGCACAAAAGUAAAGUACAAGCUAGUGAAGGGGGUAAGGUCUUCAUAACACUGUGAGUGUUUUGCACAGGUGGAAACCCAUAUGUUAAUAGAAACCAUGAUAAUCUCAGAUAAACAUAGGUACAGAGAAGCAAAAUAACUGAUGCUGAUUGUAGAUGGCUUUUCAUCUUAGUGUAUUUUAAGUCUGUCAGUGUAUGUGAAGAGUAUUUGUUUUAGAGAAUGGCAGCUUAUGUGGAGGAUCACCAAACUAUAGCAUAGAAAUGAAAUUAUUUCAGUAACAGAUACUAAUAUCUAUUUUAAUUUGCACAUGGAUUUCCAGUGUAUAUGACUAAAAUAUUAUAUUGUUAAAAACGAGAGAAAAACAACACAAAGGUGUUUGUAAGUAUGUUCUAUUUGUAGACUUAAGGCUGUAUUAUGUUGGAAUUUUACAAGCCAAGUUUAAAUUGUAAUAUAGAAAUUAUUUUUAUAUUAUUUUCAAAAUAUGCUACAGAGCAAUAUUUUGCGCCUUUAUUAUAAACAGGGUCAUCAUUUUAAGUAGGUUACUUUCAGAAAUGCUGGUAGAAAUUAACCAUGAAAAGAAAGCCUUGUAAAUGUACUUGUUGUUUCUAACUGCUCUGUCUGUUGUGCACAUCUGUAUCUAAUGUGAGUUGAAUAUACAAUUUUUUUUUAAAUUGAAGAGCUUUAAAUUUUUCUUUAGAUAUUUUGGUACAACACUGUUCCUCUCUAUUUAAUUCUUCUCUUCCAGUCCUUGCCAAUAGCCCCUUUUAUAAGCAGCUUCUGAAUAAACAUUCAUCUGGAAAAUUUCCUUACUAAAUGAAACAUUUCUGCACAGAUAUUAAUUGACUUGGGACAUUCUUAAUAUACACCCUGAACCCAUUGGAGUAGGAUUGGUUUGCUUUUUUUUUUUUUUUUUAAAAAAAGAGAAUCAGCUAUUUAUUAUUCAUUCAGAAUGAAAAUCGAGAAUGAAUAACCCAUGCAAUCAUUUAGCAUCUCGGGGAAAAAAGUCACUCUAGAUCAUAGAAAUGUCAUCCCUAAUUGCUAGAUACAUCCUCUUUAAUAUGUAUCAAAUAUGCAUUAGCUUCUUGCAGAUUGAAGUGUUCAGAUUUUAUUUCUUCAUAGUUCUUUGUACUGUACAUAUCAAUUACUGAUGAACUGUGCAAAAAAAAGGCAUCACAAACUAAUGCAUAUGUUAAAUUAGAAGUCUGUGUAUUUUUUUAAAUUCCCUAACUUUUGUGGUUUAGUUUGUUGGGAUUUGUUUGUUUGUUUAAGAAUUACUAUUAAAGUAUGUACUGCAACCAGAAUUUUCAAAUCUGGAUGCCUAAUGAUGGUGCAUCUGGGCUUCUCCUGAUCAAUAGGCUGGUUUUAAGGUGUACUGAGCAUCAAUUUCUGUGAGAAGAAAAUCUCCCUCUUCAGAAAAUCAAGUGAGUGUUAUUCUAAUGCGUAUUCAGGUCUUUUCUUUAUUAACACUCUACACUUCAGUUAAUGGAAUUUAUAUUUUAUCUUUAGUGAUUUUCCAUGUGUGAACAAAUAAUUGGGCUUAUUCAUAAGUUAUUAUUUGAGUGUGGAGAGACUUGCCUCAUACCAAAACACCAUAUAAUUGUUUAACUGUUGCAUUCUUAAUGGAGCUCUUGUAUUCCCCUGUUGGAGUGGAGAAAUAAGACCUUAUUUUUUCCUUGGGUAUCAUGAUCCUGUUAUUUUGUCUGGUUGGGUUUUUCCUCCCAAGUGAAUAUGCUGUUCUGGUUGCUGGUUUCUCUCCCAUUACCUGAAUGCCUGUACUGUACCAAGAGAAUUGAAAUGGCUGAUGCACAUUUGCACUGUGGAACAGGCCAUGUGGGUAAAAGCCACCGUGCUCCAAACAGCCUUAAAAUUACGACUCUCUGGGGACUGAGAGUCACUUAACUGGAUGCAGCCUCUGUCCUACUUCCUCAUUUAACCAUGACUGUAGGACACUCAAGCCUGCUGUAGUCUGUGUGUCUCUAGACAUAUUCAUCUAAAUACCCUGUAAUCUUAACAGAAAAUUUUCUUUUAAAAAUUUUGACUCUGAUAAGUGUUAGUGUCACUGUCAGGAAACCUUAGUCAAAAGAGGAGAUGGAGUAAAGAGAGAUAAUCGUAGCUAGUGGAGUAACCAGGGCGCCAAAAUACUAAAGGGAGGGAAAAUAAUUAACAUGUAUCAAAACCUAUUUCCUGUCAAGACUGUAAGUUUGGAAAAAUUUCCUGUAUUCUGGGAAAACAGAGAAAUGUUUUUGCCAUUCAUCUCUGCAUCUAAUGUAGCCUCUUACUUUGUUGCAGAGGUUUUCUAUUCGGGAGUAAGGGAGAAAAGGAACUUCUCUUCCCUUCUUAAAGCAAAUUCUAUUGGAAGAAUCAUCUGAGAUUGGAAAAAUAUGAUCCAGUGUUGGAACUAAACAGUGCCUAGCUCCCAUGUGCAUUGUGUACUUCAUUUUUCCCCUUCCAAACACGAUUUCUUUAGAAAGAGAAGGAGAGGGAAGUUUAAAGAUUAAGCUUGUAUGUUAAUUAUCCAGUUCUUCCUUUUUUCACAUGUGGAAUCUAUAUAAACAUGAACAUGGAAUUACACUGGAGUUGCACUUCCCCUGCUGAAAGGUAAAAGCCACCUUUGAAGGUAAAUUCCAUGUAAUUGCUUUGCCACAGAGUAAAAUUAGAACCCCUUGGGACAGAAGCCUGACAGCAUGUCAGGAGCCUGAGAGCCAUAGCCACCAUAGCUGAAACAGCAGCUCUUGGUCAUUCUUGCUUUUACCACAGAUGCAGUUCAUUCUGGCCCAUGGUGUCUGAAUAGUAUCUUUGUAGUAAAGAUGAAGUGGAAUGCUGCCUUGUUGCCAUUUGCUUCCAGGUUUGAGUAAUGAAAAGCCUCUUGCCCAUGCUUUUGGUUAAAAUGUGCAGGAGAUGCAGCAGCAGAAUGUGGCAUCUCAGGCUCAGAGAAUGCCCAUCUCCUUUAAAUGGCCUUUGCAAUCAGGUAUGAAUUGAAAUACAGCCAUGUGGGUGUGACAGAAGCACUCUCAUCUCAACUUUGCAAAUUGUGUGCACUUUUAAUACUAACAAAAAUUAGGCAAUGGUUUUAUUGUUUAUUUUCUUAAGAUCCUGAGUACUGUAAAUACAGUCUUCGUAUAGUGCACAGUGUGUGUACAGUACAGAAAUGCUUUUCCCUCGGAGCCGCUCGGAGAGCUUUGCAUGCACAUGGUGCCCAACUCUGCCCACUCACCAUAACCAAGGAGAACAAACAGGAUUUAGGCCUAGACUAAAUAAUGGAUGAAAUUAGCCACAUAGACCUAAACAGCUGUGAGUUCCCAACCCUGGUGUUGUAGGCCAGCUUUGUAUAAAACUCCAUCCCAAUGAUUGAGAUUAGGUUUGUGCUCCUUCCUGGGGAGGAGUAAUUACUUCUGUGUCUUUUCCAAGCCCAUUGCUCUUAGUCUCUAACUCCUGUGUUUGUAAAGUUCCAGCUUAGCAUGAUUCAGCUAGGAAGCAGUUUUUAAAAUCUGCAUAGAGCUCUUGUUUUCUUUUUGGAAUCCAUCUCGAGUUUUACUUUGCAUUCAAUUUUAAGACAUAAAAUAUUGUUAUGAACUUUUCACAAUGCCUUGAAGUUGUCUCUUGUGGGGCUGAAAGACUUUGUUCUCCUUGGGAGGCCUUGUUCUUCCUUAUUGAUUCUUGUGACUAACAUUUUUGUAUGGAAAAAGCUGAAUGAACCAUUGAAAGUAUCACUGCUGUUUACAUGAAUUCUGCUAUUUGGUACACUUUGUGUUGUUAAAACCCAAUGCCUCUCAGACAUGGGCAAAGCUUGAAGGACAGUCUGAAGUAUUGUAUACAAAAGGUAUAUGUAGUUAAUUCAUCAUAACUCUACUGUUGCUAUUGUACAAUAUGCCCCCCCAAAUUGUUUGUACAUCUUCUUUCCUAUUGCUAACUUUUUUUUUGUCUUCUCCUUUCUUAAAUUCUACAACUCUUUGUCCUUAAAGACUGUGAUAGAUUUUCCAAUAAAGAUUUGGCUUUCUCAGUUCAGGUUGCAUAUAGGAGUGGCUUGUCCCCCAAAACAAGAACUAAAGUAACACAGAUAUCACACCCUUGGCUUAGAGAAGUUUAUUUACUCAUUAACUGAGAGUCGCUGUUCAAUUAUAACCAAAGCUAAUUAUAUAAAGUUUAAAAUAUCAAGACUGGUAAUGUGACUCUAUCUAAUAACCUGGUAAACUCAGCAUUUUUAACCCAUAGAAAUGUACAAUAAAUGUAUUUGUACUUGAAGUCUGUAUUUCAAAGAAAGAAAGUAGUUGGCUCUCACUGGGGCUUAAGAAAAUGUUAAUAAGGAAUAAGUAAGUCUCAUUGAUUUUGGUUGGCUGAGAAUUCAACUUCUUCAUAGUCUUACCACCCUUCUCAUUUUUCAGUCUGAGUUUCUUGUUGCCUUCUAUAAGUUUAUACGCUUUUAGUAAAUAUUGAUUUAGGCUUUCAAUAAACUAUGUAAUAGAAACUACAGAAAUUUAUUUAAAGCUGAAAUUAUUUUUCAGGUUUCUUGUUUGACCAUUUUCAGGCAAAAAGGAAUUAAUUUAUCUUUUCCCAUUUCCCCUCCCUAUUCAUAAUUUCAAAACACAAUUGGUUGCAGUCACUUUUGUCUGCAAAAGAAAACAAUUGAUCAUUUUUAAGCUGACUGCCAUAUUAUUUAAAUCCACUGUUCAAAAGAAACAGGAGCAUUAAUUAACAUUAAAGAAUAACGAACAUUUCUUGUUGUGAAAAGUGUGAGUUCUUGAGAGCCUUUUCUACAUGCAGUUUUCAUUCAAAUUCAAUUUACAUGUCAUUUUUAAUCAGAUCCAUACUUUGACAAAGAUGUGUAAGAGCUGUUUUUAGCAGUUGGAUUGUUACUUUGUAAAGUAUUAAAGCACUAAACCAAUUUUUGCAAUAGGUAGUAAAACUUGCUUUUGUUUUGAAAAACUUCCAGUUAUAAUUGUCGCACUUUUUAUAGCAGAACUGUAUUUAAUUUCUUUCUUUUAUGAAAGAUUACUCAAAGUAACUGAUAGCUCUGUAAUCUGUGUCAAUUGGCUUCUCCAUUAUUUGAAUCUGAGAGAAGCUACAAUGCCUAUUCAAUAAAAUUAACUUAUUUCUAAAGUA